AUGGUGAGCAUCAGCACACCUAAAUCAGCUGGGAAGGACUUUCAGUUCAAGUUCACCGACCCUGUGGUACAAAAUAAUGCUGCUCUAAUCAAGGAGAGACUAUUGGCAUGGUGUCGCGCCAAGACCAAGGAAUAUGAGAAUGUUCAGCUCGAUAACUUUUCGACAAGUUGGAACAACGGAUUGGCAUUCUGUGCGCUGCUUCAUCAUUUCAGACCUGAUGCUUUUGAUUACCAUAGUCUUCGCAAGGAGGAACGUAGGAAGAAUUUUGAAUUGGCUUUCACCAAAGCUGACGAAGUUGCAGGUAUCGCACCGUUACUGGACGUCGAGGAUAUGGUUAUAAUGCAAAAACCAGACUGGAAGUGUGUUUUUACCUAUGUUCAGUCUAUCUAUCGCCGCUUCAAGGAUGAGGAUUGA